CUCCGCGACAUUUCGCUAUGAAGUCCCUCCUGUGUACCCUCGUUGUCCUUGCUGUCCUGGUCACAGUAAGCGCUGGCUACUACGGUGGCUACGGCCACGGCUACGGCCAUGGCGGCUACAGCCACGGCAUCACACACCACUACGACAACCAGCGGGCGCACUACGGCUAUGGGGGAUACGGAGGCUACGGCCGCGGCUACGGGGGAUACGGCGGCUACGGCGGCUACGGCGGCUACGGCUAUGGCCACGGCUUCUACGGCUAAGCUGUUUCGCCCAGUGACCUACAAGUGAAGCAUGAAUGACGAGUGAAAGCAAAAUAAAUGAUUCGUCUAA